AUGUGUGCUAUGGCUUCAAAGCAGGAGGACCUUCUUCCUGUGCUGAUUCCGUCGUCAUCGGGCAUGGCAACCGAGAAUGGGGAAUACGCCAUCACACUGGCUGCUGAACUGGAGUUUCUUCCUGGAGUUCUCGCUGUACUCCCGUACGAGCAUCACUAUCGCAACCGAGACGGAGAUUCGGCCCUUCACAUACUUGCUCGAAAAGGGAUUGUCGACAUCAUUCCUCAGUGUGCACAGUACUUGGAGCGAGCAAGGGAUGCUACUGGACGUAUUCCUAUCGACGUUGCAGCAGAGCAUAACAGUGUUGCAUUUCUCAAGGCCUCGAUAGAGAAUAAGCUGGGCUUGACGGCGGACGAUGUUUUGCGCACGUUCUGUGCGGCACGACAUGCAGGUAGACAAGAGGCCAUGGAUUGUCUUCGUGAAUACAUUUUCGUGGAGCCUGUUGAAUGCCUCUGCUAUCGUUGUAGCAACGUUCUGGACUUUCCUUCUAAUAGUUCCAGCAGGCUAGGGACACCAAUAGUAUCGAGAUACAGCUCCAUAUGUCGCACGCCUUUGUCGUUCAAGUCCAUUCGAAGCCUGGGGUCUCUUUCUGCAGAAAGGAGGCCAAGCUUGCGCAGUCCCUGUCUUUCCCCGCGGCUAUCUAAUUCAGUGGAGACGACAUCCAUCGGCAUACAGGUUUCUACCGCUUGUCAAAACUGUACUGAAAGUGCACAGAUAUAUGAGCAGCAGAUUGCUGAGCUAAACGACAGAUUGUCAGCCCUGACUGCACAACUAAACACAUUUUCUCAAAGAUCGCCACAGGUAAGCACGACCCUACCUCAUUGCACAGAGUCAAAUUCUGGUUUUAGUGAAAGGAGACAAAAACAGAGAGACAUAGUGGAAGCGGCUGCUCUAUCCUUCUCGCCCCUACAAGAAGCCUCGAAGGCACAAACAAGAGAGCUAAUUUCUGUGGUUACGCCAACAGUGAACAGAAUCACAGAUGACCCGCAUCCCAGCGUCCCAAGUAGUCCCUUGCCUUCUUCCUCUCUAUGUUCAAGCCAAGGGUCCAACCCAACAGUCCUCAGAUUUUCGGGCUUUCGCGGGAUCACCGAACUUGCUCUGUCGAAGGUGGGAUCUCUCAAGAACAGCUCUCCGCAUUUAGAGGACAUGGGAUCCCUGUAUGAGGCCCCUGACAUGCAUACCAAUAUGACCGACCUUAUGCGAGCAGCAUGCAGCGGGAACGUAGGACUUGUGGGAAAGCUUAUCGCUACCCAGUCGCGACACCAGACGGAGUCAGGCUACACGGCGCUAAUGUUUGCAUGCAGAAUAGGAAACUUGGCAGCAGCUAAAAUGCUUCUGCCCUACGAAGCAGGGAUGCAGACGAAAACAGGAUCAACGGCAUUGAUGGAGGCAUGUGCAAGCGGAAGCAAGGAGCUUGCAACUCUAUUGCUCAUUGAGGGAGGCAUCUAUCGUAAGGAUGGGUGGUCUGCUCUCAUGAGUGCUGCUCGAGCAGGACUUCCCGACAUUGUCCGCUGCCUUCUUCCAGUCGAGAGCGGUAGGGCUACUUUGGGCGGAGUAACCGCCCUUAUGAAAGCCGUAGAGCAGGGACACUAUUCGUGUAUUUCAAUGCUCAUUCCAUCGGAAAUUCACUUUCGAAGAAAGGAUGGGCGAACGGCAAUAGACAUCGCCCGUGAACUGAAUAAUACAGGCAUAAUUGGCCUGUUGGAGGACUACAUCAACAACCAUCCAGUCAGCCUUUCAGAUCAUCAGACAACAACUGAAAGGGAUAGCAACCAGCUGACCAGUAGCGAGAUGGAACUCCUUGCAGAUAUCGAUGAGUAUAUAAUCAUGGGUGACGGCGCUUCCGACAAGUGUUAG